AUGCCUAGUAUUGCUAAAAAAAAACCAUCAAAAGAAUCCUUAAAAAAAAUAAAGCUAUUACAAAAAUAAAUAGCUAAGAAUAGACUCUAAGAUAUAAAUGAAAAUUUAAUUGGAGAUAUGGAUGAUUUGAUCAAUUUCUUUAAAUAAAAUAAGACAUUGAAAUUAUACAAAGGUACUCUAUCAUAUUUUAAAAUAAAUCCUUUAAAUAAUAUGCUUUACCUUUUGUCUAAUAUAUAAAUUAACUAACAUUAAUACAAAUAAAAUUAAGAAUAAUUAUAAAAAAAGGUUAUAUAUGGUCUUUUACAAUUAUUAGAAGAAAAGAGAGUAAUACCAAAAAUAUUGGGUUGUAUUCAAUUAGAAAAUGGAAAAUUUAGAUGGAUUAAUAAUAUAAAAUAUUUAUCGGAAUUAAUUACUGCAGCCUCUUUAAAUGAUGAUUACAAAUUAAAAAACUAAGAAAAAAUAUAAAUUGAUGAAUCAUAACCUAUGAAUGAUCAAUAUUUAUUAUUGUUAUCUUUGUAAUUACUUUUACCAAAUAUAGAUUAAUUUUUGAAUCCUAAACAUUUAAAUUAUCAGGAUUUUAAUUAAAUUUAUUAAACAUACAAAAUUAUUUCAACUGCUUCAGAUAGUAAUUAAAUAAAUAAAUAAAUUAAAUAGAUUUAUACUAAUAUAGCAGAAAAAAUUAAUUCUUUAGGUUGUUAUCCAAUAUCAAAUGAGAUUUUGAAUAAAUCAAAUAAUAUCGAAUUGUUAAGAGCUUUUAUAAUUAAGAAAUUAGUAAUAAUUUCAAUAGCAUAAAUAAAUGAAUAAAAAGUUGGAUUACCUGAAAUUGUAAGAAAAAUUAUAUUGUCAAAUUAAGAUUCAAUUAACUUUUAUGGUUAAAAGGGAGGUGUGGAAUUAAGAUAUCCUCUCUUUUUUAUUAAAUAAUUAUCUAAAUAAGAUGAAAUUAAAGAUUAAAAACUUUAAUAUUGUAUAAGGUAAAUGGAUGAAAAUUUGAAUUGGUUAGAAUUAAAAUCUCUUUAUUAUAACAAUAUAUUAUCAAGUUUUUAGAAUUAUGAAUAAUUGAGUGAAGAAGAUGUUAUUAUUGCUUAGUUAGAAAUAUUGGAUUAGAAUUUCAGUAAAUAUGAAAAGUAAAUUAGAAAAAACAUUAAAAAACCAUCUGCUAAAUCACAAAUAAUAUAAAUUGAAAAUAUUUUAAAAGAAGAUAUUAAUAUUUCUUAAAUUCCUAAUUAAUAAUUUGAAAAAUUAUAAAAGAUUGGUUAAAAACUUAUAUAAUUUAGAGAAAUAUGUAAUUAAGAAGGACUUUAAAGACCAAAAGUGCCUAAAUAUGCUAGAAAAAUCUUAGAAGCUCCUAAUAAAGUUGCUGAACCUGCAGAAAGUUAUAAUUGUUUAUCUGAUCUUUUGAAAUAUUAAAGAUUAAAAUUUUCACAUUUCAUCAGAUUUUUUGGAGAAUAUUUGAUUAAUAAAAAUCUCCCUUAUCCAUAUUUUUUUGAAAUUCUUAAAUGUGGUUAAAGUUGCGUUAGAGUAGAUGUAAGAAUUACAACAAUAGAAUAAUUUGUUUAAGAUCCUCAUUUUAUAAAUUUUAUGUUUGAAGAAUAUUAAAUUGAUAUUAGUGGUUUAUCAAUAAGAGAAAGAGCUAAUAAAUUGGGAAAUGUACCUUAUGAUGUUUUAAUAAAGAAUCAUAAAUUUAAAGAAUGUUGGGGAGAUAUCCUUAUAAAAUAAGCAUAAAUGAUAUAUGAAAAUAGAAAAACAUUACAAUGGGAACUUGUUAAAAGAUUGAAAAAUGAAAAAGUAUUGGAAGUCUUUACUUAAAUAGAAGAAUAAGGAAGAAAUAUCAGUUGGAAACGAUUAGAAUUAUAGAGAGAAAUUAUUAAGUUGAAAAAUUAUGUAUAGAAAUAAUAAUGA